UAAAUGUUAUGUUGUGGAUUUCGCAAAUUAAUAUUUUUCAUCUAUUGUUAUAAUUAUUCGUAUAUAAAGAAAAACUGCUUGUUUAUGCAUAUGACAAUAAUCAAAACAUUUAACCUACCAUAACAUCUAUCUGAGUCCACUGUCCAACAAUCGUCGUACACGAUGUCUUCAUUCCACGAAAGGCAAAAAAGUCUGUUCCAAACACUAGAGGCAGCAGAAGAACAAUACAGCUUCUCUAAGACCAACAAGGCAGAAACCCCAAACGACUACGGUGUCAUUGACAGACGAACAUACAAGAAGAUAAAACAUGACAUGAAACAGUUCAGAAAUCGAGAGAGCAUAUUCAAAAGGCCUGAGGCGUCUUUACGCCAGUGUCUGCGCCCCAAGACUGUGCCUGAUCACAUAAAGAAUCCCAAGGGCUAUGUUUACUACUCACUUGCUGAUGUCACAUCAGACCAAAUGUCAGAUGCCUCCAACACCAGCACCGCGCUUGCACUCAUCCGAGAGAUGGAGGACAGACAAGCCAAUGAAAUCAAAAUGGAGGAAGAUUCAGCCGAUGAUGCAGUCUUCAAAAAGCCUACCUUCUGCAUCUCUGCUCGAGUGAAGAAAGAACAGCCAGAAGAAGAAGAGAAAAUAGUUUUUAAAAGCAACAAAAUGAUUAUGCCUGAAUAUGUUGUUGGUGCCGCACAGAAGAAAAUUAAAAAGGAAAGGCUAGUGAAAGAGCCCAAAAAUAGUGCAGACAAGAUCAAAAAUGCUGAACUCAAGUUACAACAUCUGUAUGAGGAGGAGGAUUGAUAUUUUACAAAUUUCUUGAAUAUAAUAUACAAGUUACUGUACUUUAGGUAUUUAAUUAUAAGGACUUUUUGAAUAGA